AUGGAUGUGUUUGACGUACUGAUGAAGGUGGAUUUGGACCUGGGAUCACUGCCAAUACCGCAAAUCAUAGAAGUGUACUACCCAGCAGUGUAUGAAACAAACAUAUUUACAGCGAGAAGACUGGAAGAGGCGUUCUUUGUAAUAGAAGGAGUGAAGUACAGUAACAUGACAAUAUACCCGGGAGCAAAGUCGCUGCUCAACAGAAACGUGUAUUACGUAAAGCCAAGACAAGGACUGCACUUCGUGCACAUAGCUAGCUUCUACCUGGACCAGCAGAGUAAAAUGGAGGACCUGGAGUUCUAUAAAACGGAGACAAUGGAAGGCUUCGUGGAAAACAUAAAAAAACUAAUAACAGUGGACAUCGACGACAUGAACAAGAUGCCGCUGACGCUGGAAACGAGGUACGACGGAGAUAAAAAAACGGACGUCUUCGUGUCGGACCUCUUCAAGCACUACGUGAAAAUAGGAGUUAUCAAGUACAAGGAGCACGUGAUCGACGAAUUGGUUAACAACGCACUCUACAGGUCGUUCUCAUGCACGUACGAGGAGGACGGGAAGCUGAAAGUAAAAGUGCUCUCAUUCCUGAACAACGGAAAAAGAACAGACAUAGACUACGAAGUGGACCCGAAAGAGGAAAACGAAAAGGAGGUGGUUAAGCUGAUGGGCAAGAAGAAUGUGAAAAGAGAAGGAAGAUAUAGAAGCAGGGUAGAGAAAGUGAUAAGGAGAGAAAGAUAUAGUAGAAGGGAAGGACUGAAGAAUAUUAAAAGUGACAAAUAA